AGUUGUGCGAAGUUCACGCACGACGUGCACGCCACUUGUUUUGGUAACGUGCGUUUGGUAAAAAUGUGAAAUCUAGACGCUGAAUCUAAACAGCAUUUGGAAGCAACUGUACAGACUACAGAACGCAUAAAUGUUUAAUGAGCUGCUGUUUCAAGCAGAGGUUCUUGGGAGGAGAGCUCCAGUUCCAGUCAGCCCUCUCUUACAGCCUUAACCCUCACGUCCACACGCACACCGACUGCCCGGCCAACAUCAAAGCCAGCUCUCGCUCUCUCUCUUUGCCUCCUGCUGGGCACAUCUCCUCCCGUCUGUCCUUAUAGGGGGAUGUCUGUCCUCUAACUGCCUCUCUCUCCACUAACUGAUAGCAUAUAAUUUUGGGUGCUGCUAUGGAAGAAUAUGACGUGCCGUCAGCCGCCAGUAUCCUGGCAUCAGUCAAAGAGCAGGAGGCGCGCUUCGAGCAUCUGACCAGGGCCCUUGAAGAGGAACGCCGCAAUGUCUCCUUACAGCUGGAGCGCGGCAGUCUGCCCUCUGAUCGACUGGUGGGCGGAACCACAGGCGGGAGCAACCAACCGCUGGCCUGGCAACAGAUGGUCAUGCAGGAGCAGAGCCCCAGUAACCAGACAUCAUUGGCUAUGAUGCAGGAGCCCCAGGAGGUUAUGGAGGAGACUGUAACCAUAGAGGAAGACCCCGGCACACCCACCUCUCAUGUUUCUGUGGUUACCUCAGAGGAUGGGACUACACGCCGUACAGAGACUAAGGACAAUGUGACUAAUAUGAAGGUGACCAAGGUGGUUAAAACCAUCACACGCCGAACCUUCCAGCCAGUGAUCCUGACAGAGUCCAAACCAUCUCCAUCUACAGCAACACCAUCUGAAACAAAACCAGUCACUAAGAUGGUCAAGACAGUGACAACACGGACAGUUCGUCAGGUGCCACUGGGUCCCGAUGGCCUUCCUCUUCCAGAGGGCUCGUCUCCACUGGGAAGCUACACUGACUCCAUUGACCGGCGCUACAUGAAGAAUGGCGAGCGUUUCAUCACACCCCAGGCCACUUCCACCCUCACACGCUCAUACAACAAUUACAGCGACUCCUACAAUGAUGCUCCAGACAGUCAGUUUCGCCAUUACGCCCUUCACGAUGGAUACGGAGACAUGCCCAACAACUAUGGAAGUCUGUCUCGUGGAGUCAAUUACAGGCCCUAUCAACCCUACAUGCCCACCGGUGGAUACCGGCCGGAGAACAGCUACACUCUCCCCAUCCGCAAGGACGACUAUGGCCAUGUGGCCCAGCCUCAAGUCCCAAUGGGAAGUAGCACUGUGGAUCUCAAUCGCUCGCAGCCUGAGCGCUUCCAACCCGAACCCUACGGCCUGGAAGACGACCGCCGCAGUCUAGGCCCAGAUGACGAAGAGCCGUAUGACCUAGUUCCUGAUUAUUCCACAGCUAACCGCCGCACAUUGCCCGGACAUACCAUUCGAGAGCCAUUGCGCAACGGCCCCCGCGUGAGAGGCUACGAGGACCCCAUAGAGGCUGAAUUAAUCGAUGAAAGACACCCCUACAUCCAUGGCAUGUACCCAGCACCUCUUGCACAGCCCGAGAGGGGCAGCUUGGCCAGUCUAGACCGCAUGGGCGGCCGACGCUCCCCCUCGAUUGACAGCAUCCGCAAAGACCCGCGCUGGAGGGACCCCGACCUGCCUGAGGUCAUCGCCAUGCUAGGCCACCCCAUCGAUCCAGUCAAAUCAAAUGCAGCCGCCUACUUGCAGCAUCUCUGCUAUGAAAACGACAAGAUAAAGAAAGAUGUUAGGCAGCUGAAGGGGAUCCCAAUGCUGGUGGGCUUGCUGGAUCACCCUAAAGCAGAAGUCCAUCGCAAGUCCUGCGGAGCUUUGAGAAACAUCUCCUACGGCAAGGACCACGAUAACAAGGUGGCCAUCAAGAGCUGUGAUGGGAUUCCUGCUCACAUACGUCUGCUGAGGAAAACCAAUGACAUGGAAGUUCGGGAACUUAUCACAGGAACACUUUGGAACUUGUCCUCCUAUGAGCCACUGAAGAUGGUGAUAAUUAACCACGGGCUUCAGACGAUGACUAACGAGGUCAUUAUCCCUCAUUCGGGCUGGGAACACGAGCCAAAUGAGGACUCAAAGCCACGAGAUGCAGAGUGGACCACAGUCUUUAAGAACACAUCAGGAUGUUUAAGGAAUGUGAGCUCAGACGGUGCAGAGGCACGCAGACGGUUGAGAGAGUGUGAGGGGCUGGUGGAUGCCUUGCUGCAUGCACUGCAAUCUGCAGUGGGAAAGAAGGACAUGGACAGCAAAUCUGUGGAGAAUUGUGUGUGUAUCAUGAGGAACCUGUCUUACCACGUGCACAAGGAGGUUCCAGGGGCCGAGAAGUUCCAGGACCCCUCAGCUCUUCAGGGCCCUGGCUCUGCUGGCACUCAGAGGAAGAAGAAAGAUGAUGCAGGCUGCUUCGGAGGAAAGAAGGCUAAAGAGGAAUGGUUUAAUCAAGCAUGUCAAAUAAGUUUGGAACAAUAUGAAGGGAGGAAAAACGGAGAGCAUGACAAAAACUAUGACACGUUGGACCUACCCAAGCGCACAGAACCCACUAAAGGUUUUGAAUUACUGUAUCAGCCGGAGGUGGUCCGACUCUACCUGUCCCUGCUUACAGAAAGCCAGAACUAUAACACGCUAGAAGCAGCGGCCGGAGCUCUACAGAACCUCAGCGCUGGACAGUGGACAUGGUCGAACUAUAUCCGGGCGACAGUGCGUAAGGAGAAAGGACUGCCAAUCCUCGUCGAGCUCUUGCGCUCGGACUCAGACAAGGUGGUGCGAGCUGUGGCCAUCGCUCUGAGGAACCUGUCCAUCGACCGCCGCAACAAAGACCUAAUAGGGAGUUACGCUAUGAGGGACUUGGUCAGCAACUUGCCCAGCGGACAGCAGCGGCCAGCCAAGAACCUGGAGGAGGACACAGUGGUGGCCAUCCUCAACACCAUCCAUGAAAUCAUCAUUGACAGCUCUGAGAACGCCCGCUCUCUCAUUACUGCUCAAGCAAUCGACAAACUAGUGGCCAUCAACAGGACCAGCCAGUCGGCAAGGGAAACCAAAGCUGCUUCCCAUGUACUACAGACGGUUUGGAGCUAUAAGGAGCUGAGAAAUGCCCUGACCAAGGAUGGCUGGAAUAAAACACACUUCCAACCGAUACCGACUGGCACUCCCAAAGGAUCUAAGAGUUGCAAGCCUGGCUACGACGAUACUACACUCCCCUUGAUGGAGACGAACCAAGGCAAUAGAGGGUGUAGCGGUGGGGAUGUGAUACCUAUGGAUGAACUCGGUCCAGAUGGCUAUUCGACGAUUGACCAGAGAGACAAAGACUCCAAGUACAAAAGCAGCGAUGGCUCAUCUGAUCUGCAGGAGCGGGAGCCGUUAAAGAAUGACACAAAUAGGAAACACUAUAUCAGGAGCAACAGGCCGACUGUCAGCCUGGUGGAUGCUUGUGAUGUAAAACCUCAGCCUGUUGACUCCUGGGUCUAAAUGCAUGCAUGGCUUAGCUAGCAACAGCGCCACAUCUUACCACACAAGGAUUUCACGUCACCACUGCCAUUAACUGCAGAGCUCACCGUGAUGUGGACUCAUCUGAAGACUUUUGCCUAAAAGAGCGAGAGAAAAAUACAAACUUUCAUUCAACAGCCAAUAUUUUGAACAAGUGAAAAGG